GAUGUCCGCAGCAUCAUGGCCAGAUCUGUUUGUGCAAAGUCUGCUUUUGAACUGUGGGGCCACGGGCGGACACACAGCGAGCUCAGAACAUCUUUACUGAACUACCCAGUGGAGAACAUGUCACCAUAUAUGCACAAAGACUCAACAUACAGAAUAAAUGUUUACACUUUCAACAAAACCCUGGAGUUUAGUGAGAGGAUUAAACGUAUUGAUGAAAUGGAAUAUCUUUCAUUUGAGGGUGCAGUAAGCCUAAAGAACCCUCAGCACAUCUUCUGUUUGCUGGAAGAUUACGGCACUGACCCCAACAACAUCCCUGAGCAUCCAGAUUACAUAUAUUUUGGCCGAUGGAUAGCAGAUGGUCAACGUGAACUGAUUCGUUCGCACAGUGUGAAGAAGCGACACUUUAUAGGAAACACCAGUAUGGAUGCAUGCCUCUCAUUCAUCAUGGCCAACCAUGCUCGGGUCAAAGAGCACGACCUUGUCUUUGAUCCAUUUGUUGGUACUGGAAGUUUGCUGGUCGCAUGUUCUCAUUUCGGAGCCUACGUGUGUGGAUCAGAUAUUGAUUACAACACUAUCCACGGCAAAGGGAGGUCAAGCCGUAAAAACCAAAAGUGGCGUGGACCAGAUGAAAACAUUCGAGCCAACCUGCGACAAUACGGAACAGAGAAGACGUUUGUAGACGUGAUGGUGUCUGACGCUUCCAAGCAUGUUUGGAGGAAGACCCCACUUUUUGAUGCCAUCAUUACCGAUCCUCCAUAUGGUAUACGUGAGUCUACAAGAAGAACGGGCUCCCAUAAAGACACUGGAAAACCUCCGGAUAGCAUCUAUGCUGACUCACAUGUGGCUGUGUCACAGUCCUACCAAUUGAGUGACAUCUUAGCUGACCUGUUAAACUUUUCUGCGCAUCACCUGGUCACUGGAGGGAGGGUGGUCUACUGGCUGCCUGUUCAUCGACCCGAAUACUGUGAGGAGAUGGUUCCCCUUCAUCCAUGUCUACGGCUCAUUAGCAACUGUGAGCAGACGUUAUCAAGCCACACGUCCCGCCGCCUGAUCACCAUGGAGAAGGAUCUAGACAGCCAGGCGGACCCUCGCUUCUCCCCCUACCAGGGACACAACGGCUUCAGAGAUAAGUACUUCAGUGGAGUCAACAAGAGGCUUAACAAGGAGAACAAAUCGACUGCCAAAGUAGACACAAUCAUUUGAGUCAUUAGGUACAUCUAUUUUCCAAAAAAGGGCUGUAAUAAAUAUUUUAGAAAGAUGAUAAUUCUUAAUUUGUUUUAAUACUGUUACUGACAUAUACUGCACUUAAAUAUAUGCAAAGUGCUUUUUACUUACGGGGUAGUUAUUUGUAUUAGUUUAACUACACCACUGUAAAUUAAAACCACCAGCUUCAUAAUUGAACAUUAUUGUGUAAUGACAGAACUUUUAAUGCAGCCAUUGUUUGGUAUUAAUUCCUGAUAUGGUUGGUGAGUGCAUUUAUUUAAUUUUUUUACAUUUGACAUUUGAAGUUUUUUAUUUAUGCCUUCCACUAUUUGUUUAAUACAUGUACAAGAUUACCCUCUGAGUUUUUAUUAUGAAAAGCAAUUAACUCAUUGCCUAAAUCCGCUCAGUGUACACGGCAAGUAGAAAAUAAACCAAUAUUGAAUUGACAA